UUGCACUGCAGUCUGCGUGCCCACGAAAUGUCCAAAUUAAAUAAACAUAAACAGCCUUUAUGUAUUUUGCUUUUGUGCCAAUAAUACUAAUUAUAAAAUGUUGUUUUAUAAACUCACUAUUUCUAAUUAACUACACUUAGUGGUUCCGCAAAUGGAAGACAGAAAAAGGCAAAGAUGUAUAUACGUUACUGCUAAGCAAAAAAAGAAAUUAAUUGAAUUAAUGACUAAACAUCCAGAGUUAAUAUCGUGUAAAGUAACUCAGGACUUCAACUACAAGGAUUCACAAAAAUUGUGGCAGAAUAUAGCUAACGAAUGUAAUUCCAUACAAGGGGCGAGAAAAACUUGGAGGCAGUGGCGAAAAACAUGGCAUGACUUGCGGUCCAAAACAAAGAAACGUCAAGCAGAGACAAACGGUGAGCUCCCAUUGACAACAGUCAUGCUAACUUCUGCAGAGCAAGAAGCACUUGGCAUCAAGACUGGUGAAGAAUAUCAGGAAUCUACAGAAUUUGUGCCUCUUACCGAUAACCAUGAUGAUAAUUAUCACGCAGAAAUGUCAAAUGGAUCUAUAAGUGAGCCCGAAUCAAUUCCCGAACAAAAAGUGUUCACGCAAGACCUUAAAAAGUCAAAGGUGAAGAUUAAAAAUGGUGUUAAAAGUUCCAAGCAUUCAAAUGAAUGUUACCUCAAUUGUGACUUAUUGGCUGUGCAGGAACAAAGGAAAAUACAGAUAAAGGAAGAUUAUCUUAACUUCAAAAAGGAUUAUUUGAGGCAAAAACUGAAGUUAUUGAAAGAACAGACUGAAGCAUUGAAAAGUAUAGCCAGUGAGCUAUCCAAAUAAGUUUAAAGUAAUACCCAUGUAGUGUUACUAGACUCAAAAUUGGGGCCUUCAAGAAUUUUGCACAAUUCUCAUUUAUCAGUGAUCUCAAAUCAUGAAUAUCAUUUUGUUUGGUGAAAGCAGAUUGACGAUUCCUUUAGAUCUCAUAAAAAUAUUGAAUAAAAUAAAUAAGAGAAGCAAUAAAUACACAGAAGUGAUUGACAAGGAAUAAAAAUGUUAAUAUGUAUAAUAUAUUUAUAGU